AUGGCCGACUCGCGGAAGAAGGCAGCCCCGCGCGCGGUGAAGAAGAAGAAGUCACCGCCGGCCUCUGACGACCCGCCGCCCUACGAUGACCUGCCGCCGGCCGACGAUGACCUGCCGCCGCCCAUCGACGACGUGCCGCAAGCCGACGAUGACCUGCCGCCGCCGGCCACUGGCGACCCUCUGCCGAUCGACGAUGACCUGCCGUUGGCUAUUGACAACGUGACGUCGAAGGAUGGGGGUACAGCGGCCACCUUCUUCUCGAACGAGUGCUUUGAGCGCGGGAACUUGUAG